AUGAUCGGCCUCCAGAGGGAGCAGCCUCCAGAGGGAGCAGCCUCCAGAGGGAGCAGCCUCCAGAGGGAGCAGCCUCCAGAGGGCGCAGCCUCCAGAGGGAGCAGCCUCCAGAGGGAGCAGCCUCCAGAGGGAGCAGCCUCCAGAGGGAGCAGCCUCCAGAGGGCGCAGCCUCCAGAGGGAGCAGCCUCCAGAGGGAGCAGCCUCCAGAGGGAGCAGCCUCCAGAGGGAGCAGCCUCCAGAGGGAGCAGCCUUGGUAACAACCUGGAGCUGAACGCCCAGAAGACAGUGGAGAUGAUUGUGGACUUCAGGAAGAGCACUGUCCCCCCGCCCCCACCCUCCGUGAUGGACUCCCCCAUCACCUCUGUGGAGUCCUUCCGUUUCCUGGGCACCACCAUCACCCAGGACCUCAAGUGGGAGCCGACCAUCAGCUCCCUCAUCAAGAAGGCCCAGCAGAGGAUGUACUUCCUGCGGCAGCUCAGGAAAGCCAAGCUGCCUGCACAGAUGUUGGUGCAGUUCUACACGGCCAUCAUCGAGUCCAUCCUCACCUCCUCCGUCACCGUGUGGUUCGCUGGAGCCACAGUCAGGGACAAACAGAGACUACAGCGCAUUGUGCGCUCUGCAGAGGAAGUGAGCCUUCCAUCGCUGCAGGACCUUUGCACCACUCCAAACAAUAAAGGUGUCUGCUGUUUGGGAGCUGCUGGGGAUUGA